AUGUCUUCCCAGCCUCUCCUCCAGACUUCUCAAGGCAAGCGCAUCGCUCUGCCGACUCGAGUCGAACCCAAAGUCUUCUUCGCCAACGAGCGUACGUUUCUGUCAUGGCUCAACUUUACCGUCAUCCUGGGAGCCCUGGCCAUUGGCAUGCUCAACUUUGGUGACCGAGUAGCCUUCAUCUCGGCCUUUCUCUUCACCGGCGUGGCCAUGUUGACCAUGCUGUAUGCAUUGGUGACGUACCACUGGAGAGCGAAAUCAAUAAGAAUGAGGGGCCAGGCUGGAUUCGAUGACCGAUUCGGUCCUACGUUUUUGGCUAUUAUUCUGCUGUUGGCCGUUGUGGUCAACUUUGUGCUGCGUAUUACGGACCAUUCUAACAAGCAGAAGCACAACUAG